ACUAUGCACUCCAAUGAUUACACAUACGUACAUAGAAGUGUCUAUAUGGGAUAAUUCAUGUAUGGCUGCAUGCACGGUUGUAUAUGUGAUGAAUUCAAUAUGCCAUAAUUUUUCUUUUUUCUUUUGUGAGCAUAUACAACCUUCAGACAUAUAUAGAUAAGUAAGUUACUUGCACAUAUUGAUGUAGGACAAAAAUGGAUAGUUUCUAUAUUUUAUAUUUAUUAUUUUAGAAUAAGAUUCAAUUCUCUUGUGAAUUCCGCCGCGUCCCAUAUAUACCGAUACAUGUCUGCAUGAACGUGUAAACAUCUUAACAUCCCUGUGGAUGUGAAGACUUGAAAUUCUAUGUACUUUUGCCCAGUUUACACAUAACACGAAAACUUGUAUUUUUGGAAGAAGCUAGUGAGCAUGCAUGCGUCUUAAUAUUGUGAGUUUCUCAAAAGUUCAAGUAACACAAGAAUUAAGGCUGUGGAUUUUGCGGUUUGGCUUUAUACCAUUCGUUCAUGAGAAAUAAUACUUCGUGUAUGGUGUUCAUUGUGAUUACCAUGGAGGUUGAAACUAUAUUUAAUGUCUACCUCCUAAUUUAGCGCCCUAGUUUUUUUUUUUUUUCCUUUUGGUCAUCAGAGCCACCUUUUUGAGAAGCAGAAUAGGUCAUCAGAGUCACCCAUUUGAGAAGGCGGAAACACAAAUUCAUAUGUUAUUAAGGCCUUAACUCAUGAAAUUGUCUUCCUCUCGAAAGAAGUACUUGAAAUCCCCACCAAGUAAAUACUACUUGUCUCGACCAUUGUCUCACGUCGUUUAUUGGAGUUGGAUUACCUUUUGGCGGCAAGAAUCGGCUUAUACAACAAGGGUGGUUGUCUAACCAGUUGUAAUAAUCCCCCUACUAAACUGAAGUGAGGCUCAUUUCUUGGUCUUUAAUAACCAUCAAACUUUUCCUUUGGCCAUCAUUUGUUUCAGUCCGCCACAAUAGCAGAAUGUUAUAUCCAGAUUAACCCAGUUUUGUAUGCCAUCACUCAUCGGUGUCCUUCAUUCGAUGACACUUAAAAAGACAUGCUAAUCUUCAUGUACCGUGUCAAACAAGAACUUGAAUCGGCAGUAGAAACGCUUUGGGCUAGAUUGAACCAUCAUUCUGGGAUUGGAGUACAACCUUCGAAAUCAAGAACACUCCAACUAAAGUUCCUGGACAAGCUCUCCCAGCCAGUACUUACUAAUCAAAUGAUUAAAGGAGAAGGAAAUACUCCCUUCAGAGUAGCUUUAGUCGAUGCGGAUACAAAGCAUGUUGUUACUGAAGCAUCUGCAAAGGUUGAGAUAGUAGUUAUUGAUGGAGAUUUUGACUGUGAACAUUGGACAGUUGAAGAAUUUAACCAAAAGAUUGUCAGAGAAUGGGAAGGGAAAAAAUCUCUUCUUACUGGAAAUGUGCAUCUGAAUCUGGAAUCAGGUGUCGGUUUCAUACGUGAGAUUUCGUUCACGCAUAAUUCACAUUGGAUGAAGGUCUGUAAGCUCCGUCUAGGCGCCAAAGUUGUGGAUAGUUUCAUCGGGGCUAGAAUAAGAGAAGCAGUAACAGAACCCUUCAUCCUUAAGGAUUAUCGCGAAAUCUAUAGUAACAAGCCCUCUGCGCCAUCUCUAAAUGAUGAGGUUUGGCGAUUAAAAAAGAUCCGCAGAUAUGGUCCUUUACAUAACCGUUUGGUUAGAGAAAACAUCAAAACCGUGAAGGAUUUUCUUACUCAGUUCUUUAUUGAUCCUCAAAGCCUCCGAAAUAUCAUAGGGACUGCUAAAAUUUGGGAAGCCACAGUGGACCAUGCUCGAAAAUGUGUUCUUGAUAAGAGGUUGCACCUCUAUUUUCCCAUCGAUUCUGAGAAAAAAUCCGGUGUUGUUUUCAAUGACGUGGGGCAAGUGGUGGGAUUAAUUUCAGAAUGCUGUUAUGUUCCACUUGAUAUGCUCUCUGAAGAUCAAAAGGCUGAUGCCAACAAGUUGGUGGUAUCUGCACUUGAACCCACGAAGGAAGUAAAGUCUUUCGAUGAUGAGAUAUGCAUGCAUUCCUAUUUGCAGUCACUGAAUGAUGCUUACCCAUCAAACUCACUGAGGUUGGAGAGUCCCGGCCACUAUUCCUAUGAAGCUUCUCAAACUCAUUACGGACAUGACCAUACACAACCAAGCACUUCUUCCCAAGACAAUCAAGCAGUACCUUUCCACUUACCCGAUGAUGCUAACCCUUCAAACAUUCCAAGCACCGAUUCUCUGGGUAUCUGGUCAUCUGUUCCAUCUUUUGGAAAUGCAAGUCAUUUGAAUGAAUAUGGCUGGCAAAGUAUCAUAGCAGAGGAUCCUAUCAAUGAAGGCCCUUUGCUCUCUCUGGAAAAUUUGCUUAAUCCCUCAUUCUGUUACACAGAGUCCACGAGUUUACAGUUAGUUGAUAUGGAUCGUUCCUUUCAAUAUCAGUGCUCGAGUUCUGAAGCACAAGAUGAUCUGAGCAGUAUUGUGAAUGGCUUUUUGUCAACCCGUGCUGCUGCUCAUAUAGCUCAGAGAAGAUGGUCAAGGGCCAUAGCUACUGUGCGGUCUGUAAGGAAGAUUAUUGCCACAUUUAAGCUUGUUUCUUCAGAAGCGGUCCUUGCAUCAAAGAGGCCAAGAAUCUAUUGAAGUGUAGAAAAUCUUUAGUUGUUUAUGUGCGUUUAUAUUUCUAGGCUAUGCUGCCCAGUUAAAGACUGUGUGCUGUUGUAAAGUAGGAUUAGUUGGAGUUUUCAUUCUAGAUACGCUUAACUGUACGUUUUUCAAAGAUUUAAGGGCCAUAGCUACUCAGAAGUCGUGUAAACCGAUUGGUUUAGUAACCGUGAAUGUGAUGAAAAUGAAGUUCAGUUCUUUUUA